UUCUCCAUUUUCUGACUCACUGAUCUUUUAUUUGUUUCUAUCUAAUGUACUUACAGAUGAAUUGACAUUCACUCCAUUUUAGAAUAUCAUCAAAGUCUUUCUAACUACUGAUGCAAUCAUCCAUUGUCAUAAGAGCUCGCAAAAUUUUGCUUUUGAUAAAGGUUACUUUAGGCAGAUCAAUUAUACAGCAUUAAGUACAUUUUCCUCUUUUGGCUGUCCUAGCAACUUAAGAGUAAUUGGCUGUGCCCUGAGUUGGUAACCCAAAUAUUUAAAAACACAAGUGGUUAAAGUUUAAUCCGCUGUUAUGAUGAUGAUGAUGAUGUGGCAAUAGAAGCUGUGUUUCAAGAUUCAUUUUUCGUCUGGAGAACAAGGUGGCGGUAACGCAGUUGUAGUAUGGUCUCGUACGGAAUAUGGGAUGUGUAAAGCAGACUUUGUUAAUGGUUUGAAGUAGGAUUUUUCACCAUGAAUGGAUACCCAAACUGCUCUGUUAACCAUACUAAAAUCUGGAGUUCACAGUUAGUACUUGCACUGGGCAUCCCUCAACUGACUAUUAACAUAAUAUCCGUGAUCUUCAACUGCACGGUCAUCUUCACCAUAGUGGCUACCAAGGAUCUGCACAAGCCUAUUCUUGUACUGUUCUGCAAUUUGGCUUUUUCCGAUCUCUUCACCAGCUCUUCUGGCUUCUGGAUUUCAGUGCUGUUCAUCACCAACCCUGACAGUACAAUCUUUGGAUCCAGGGAUAUGCUUGCACCUUAUGCCUUUUAUACUACAUCUAUUUUAUCUACCAUCUAUAACUUGGUAAGCAUUGGAAUUGAACGCUACCUGGCUGUAGCCGAAAGCAUGAGGACAAGAUUCAGGGUUUCUAGAAAGCAUUCUCUAGCUGCUGUUUUAAUUAACUGGGUCCUUGCUUUCUUUUUCGGUUGCUUGCCAUUGAUGGGGUGGAACUGCUUGCACAGAGAAAAUAAUCUCUCUGUCCUUUACAGUCCAUUUUGUGUUGACUACCUCAUCUUCAUCACCAUUCCCCAUUGUGUGGUGGCCUUUAUUGUACCUCUGUUCACCUACCUCAGCAUCAUUAUCAUCUUGAGGAAAAGAAAGUUCAAAAUGAAAGCACAUGGACAAGCUACUGGCACCUACAAAUCAGCUGAGAUCCAGGUUGCCAGAACUAGCAUUUUUAUUUGGCUCUUGACAUUGGUCUCCUAUGCUCCUUUUUUUGCAGGAGUCCUAUUCGAUGCAACUAACCACCAGUGCCCCCUUGAUCUCUACCCAAGGGCCUACAUCUUUCGAAAUUGCACAGCUGUGUUGGUAACCAUGAACUGUUUGGGAAACCCCAUAAUAUAUACGCUGAAGACCAAAGAACUGGGGGCUAAACUCAAGGCUCUGAAGUGCCCUUCUGGCAACCGCAUCCACGCCUGCACCAUUAAAAGUAUCUAGCAGCGACAGCUGUUGCGUAAGGGCUGCCCACUGGCAUUACUUACGCGAUAUCUUCAUGGAGAUACCUGAAAUAAUGCCACUGCCUCUUGCCCCACUGGCAGUGGGGCCCAUUCCUGUGAGGCACGGGGCACUUUGGCAUGCAGUGGGGCACAGCUCCGCACUCAGCGGGCACGCGUGCUGCGACUGGGAACAGUCGGAUAAGGCAGCCUGGCAAGUGAGCGGGGCAAAAGGCUCUUUCCUGAUCUACAUUAAUGGCUUUUCUGGUCUUUGAAUGUUGGCUGAAUUUGGUUAAAUGUUAACUCUGAGCACAGCAGCUUUUCUUCAUUAACCCACCUGGUGGAUGGGACUGAUUUAUCUAUCCUUUAAAUGGAAGCAGGAGGUUUAUUUUGCUUUGAGAUAAAAAUAAAUCCAUUACUGAUGUUUACUUUGUAUUUUGAAAUAUGCCUCUAUUGUGCUUGCUUUGCUACUAAGAUUUAAAUCCUUUUUUUUUGCCCUUUUUAAUGCUCUUGAAGAUGCUUUUUGUUAAAUUGCAAGAAAAUUUUCAGUAGUAUGGGGGGAAUUAUGUUUUAAUCUUUUAUUUACAAGCAGUCAAAUUGUAGGUCUUUGAGUGCUUGAUUGAUUUCUGCAUUAAUGGGGUACUCAAUACUGCUUUACUGUUAUAAUUUUAACUGCAGUAUGUAGCUGGAUCAUGUGUUUUCGUGAAAUAUCUGUGACUACCCUUUUCAUAUUUUUGCUUAGAAGCACACUUGAGUCUGUGGCUUUUGAAAUUUGAAUUAUAAGUUUAGAAGAAAACCUAAUUUGAGUUUUGCAGUAUCAAAACUGCCGUGGAGUUUCCUAUACAAAGCAAAGCAAAAUAAAAAUUUGAAGACUGGCUAUUUUGUAAAAGGAAAAGGUCUCACCCUCUCCGAAAAAAGAAAUUGGCUACUGAAUACUUAAUUUGUCAUAUCCUAGUAGAAUGGGUGCUUAUAUUUAGUAACAGGGGGAUACUGUCUAGAGGAAUCCCAAUGUUUAAAUUUCUUAUCCCUGCACAUGCACAGUUAUAAAUGUGUAAGUUUUGACUGAACAGCCCCCGGUGAUGGUAGCUUGUCUUUCUUGUUGUAAGGUACGCUCAAGUAUUAUUCAAUAGCAUUGCAUUAAUGUGAUAAUAUGUACUGUACAAUCCAAGCAACAUCAGCCCUUGAAAUACAAGUUGGAGUUUUCAGUGAUUAUUUCCAGUGUAAUUGUUUUGUUGUCAUUGUUUUAGUAUUUCAAAAGGCUUCAGUGAAGUAAAAACAAAAUCCCAUUAAUCUGUUCUUGAGAGGAUAUAAGAAAAUGUUUCGUAUAAGAAGUGGGUUCACCUGUUAAUGUAACAAAUGAGUUAAGCUUCAUUACAUUCACAAAUCGGAUGCCUGGUUGUUUUAUGUUUAUUACCAUAAAAAAAACCUUUUUUGUGCUAUUUUACCUUGAAGGAUUCUGGGAGAAUUUUUUUCUUGUUUUGAAUUAAAAUUCAGACACUUUAUUUAAGGAGAUAGAUGGUGCUAUGUGAUACAUAAUUAAAAUUAAUUAUUUAAAUGGAUAAUGUAACUCACACAAGAUCAGUCUGGCCCAUUUCUUUCUUCUGAGCACUACUAUUCCUGUAAUUGUUUUCUUCCAACUUGACCACCACCAACCUCAAGAAAUGAUCAACUUAAAACUAAACAUCUAUCUCUAAUUGUAUUUCAACCUAAACUUAAAAACAGGAACUUAAAACAGAAUUUACCAAAGGGCAGAUGAUAAAGAUCAUC